AUAAGUACUGUCUGAUACUACUAAUCUAAUGCUAAUUAUCAUGCAUACUGCAGGAUUCAUGGGUCGUGAAGUAAAGAUGUACACAUGACCCAAUUUUACUAGUUUAUUUACAAAUACCAAGGCUAUUUGUGAGAAUUGUGAUUUAUUCAUGUAAAAACUGGAAAGAGUAAUAGUUUUGUCUCAUGUAAGGAAAGAUGACUACUGUUACUGGAAAUGACUAUUACCCAAAAGAACCAAAGAGCACCAAAAACCAAUACAAUAUUAACGGCAAUGGGAAAUUGGGUGAUGAUGAUAAAGAUGCUUUCUUGCCACCCGUUAAAUUGGAACCAGGGUUAGAUUCCCUGAACAGAAACCCAGAGGAAUUUGAUGAAUUAGAUCCUUCAGAGGAUAAUGCUCCUCCAGACAGGUAUCGUAUUGUGUUCUUCAUCAUGUUGGUUCACGGUAUUGGUAUUUUGAUGCCAUGGAAUAUGUUAAUCAAUGCUCAAGCAUACUUUGAAAACUACAAGCUGUCUGAAAACACAACAGAAGUGAAUAACUUGCGAUCAAAUUUUAUGUUCUCCAUUGGUAUAGCAUCACAAGUUCCAAACUUCAUCAUGAGUGGAGUUAACGCAUUCGUCCAGUGUGGAGGACAAGCCUCCCCAAGAAGGAUAGCUAUCUCCAUAGUGAUUAUGACCAUGAUUUUUAUUGGUACUGUUGUACUAGCCAUGUUGGACAGUUCCUCAUGGUCAGUUGAAUUCUUCUAUAUUACAAUGAUAAUGGCUGCAGUUCUAAACAUGGCGACUGGUGUUUAUCAGAACAGUACUUUUGGUUUAGCAGCCAUCUUACCAAUGAAGUAUACCAAUGCCAUAGUAUUAGGAAAUAACUUGUCUGGUGUAUUCAUUGCAGUAAUUAACCUUGUUUGCUUGGCAUUGGCACCUGAUCCUAGAACCCAGGCUAUCUACUAUUUUGUUACAGCUAUUGUUAUCUUGUUGGUAGCUUUUGAUGCAUACUUCCUUCUUCCUGUCACUAAUUUUUACAAAUAUUACAAAGAUAUGGUUGCCAGGAAACAGAAACAUCACCAUGCUACCAGCAGAACUUGUUCACAAACUUGUGGGAUGUAUUUAAUGGUCUUUAAAAAGAUCUGGGUACAAGCUGUGAGUGUAUGGUUUGUUUUUUUCGUUACCUUGGCAAUUUUUCCAGGAGUAUGGGCUAAUAUAAAGAGAAUAGAUUUCCCUUUGGAAGACCAGUAUUGGGCACCAAUAUUCUGCUUCCUGAGUUUCAAUCUAUUUGCUUUCUUAGGAAAUUUGACCUCAGAAUUUGUACGUGUGCCAGGACAUAAAUGGGUGUGGAUUCCAGUUGCCAUACGAGGAUUACUUGUACCGUUCUUCCUAAUGUGUAAUUUUAAGCCAGAAGAGAGAAUUUUUGAUGUGAUAAUAGAAAAUGACUACAUCUACAUUGUUGGAGGAGUAGUUCUAGGAUUUACAAGUGGAUAUUUCAGUAGUCUCUGUAUGAUGUAUGGACCAAAGUUGGUAGAUCAGCAGUAUGCAGGAACAGCUGGAAUGAUCAUGGCAUUCUUCUUGGUUUUGGGUAUUGGUACUGGUGUCAACUUCUCUCUGAUUUUAGGCUUGAUAACAACCAGACCAGUGGCUUAAUCAUUAACCAUCAGAGUACUGACUUGAUCUCAACACAUAUCUUACAGAUCAAUAGAGUUGUGGAGAAGUGAUGGAAUCAUUUUAUUUGGGUGUCUGUUUUUAUUGUUAAUACAAGUUAAUCUUCUUUUAAGAAUAAUAAGUUGACGAAGAGUGUUAAUGGCACCUUUUUUAUACGACCGCGGUCAUAUAUUGGUAUGACGUUGACGUUGGCGUCGUCGUCCGAAGACACAUUGGUUUUCGCACUCUAACUUUAGUUUAAGUGAAUGGAUCUCUAUUAAAUUUUACCAUAAGGUUCAAUACCACAAAAGGAAGGUGGGGAUUGAUUUUGGGGGUUAUGGUACCAACAGUUAAGGAAUUUAGGGGCCAAAAAUAAGCAUUUUUGUAACUUCCAGACAUAACUUGUGUGUUAGUGAAUGGAUCUCUCUGACAUUGUACCACAAGGUUCCAUAUCACAAAGGGAAUGCUGGGAUUGAUUUUGGGGGUAAUUGCCUCCACAUUUUUAGGAAUUAGGGGCCAAAAAGGGGCAAAAAACAAGCAUUUUUCUAGUUUCAUGACAAUAACUUGUGUGUAAGUAAGUGUAUGGAUCUCUCUGACAUUGUACCACAAGGUUCCAUAUCACAAAAGGAAUGCUGGGAUUGAUUUUGGGGGUAAUUGCCUCCAAAUUUUAGGAAUUAGGGGCCAAAAAGGGGCAAAAAACAAGCAUUUUUCUAGUUUCAUGACAAUAACUUGUGUGUAAGUGUAUUGAUCUUUAUGAAAUUGUACAGGUUCCAUAUCACAAAGGGAAAGCUGGAAAUGAGUUUGGGGGUAAUUGCCCAAAACGUUUAGGAAUAAGGGGCAAAAAAAUAAGCAUUUUUCUAGUUUCCAGACAAUAACUUGUGUUCAAGUGUAUGGAUCUCUCUGAAAUUGUACUGCAAGGUACCAUACCACAAAGGGAAUGCUGGGAUUGAUUUUGGGGGUAAUUGCCUCAAAAUUUUAGGAAUUAGGGGCCAUAAAAGGGGAAAAAAAACAAGCAUUUUUCUAGUUUCAGGACAAUAACUUGUGUGUAAGUGUAUUGAUCUUUAUGAAAUUGUACUACAAGGUUCCAUAUCACAAAGGGAAAGCUGGGUUUGAGUUUGGGGGUAAUUGCCCUAAACUUUUAGGAAUUUGGGGCCAAAAAGGGGCAAAAAAACAAGCAUUUUUCUAGUUUCCAGACAAUAACUUGUGUUGAAGUGUAUGGAUCUCUCUGAAAUUGUACUGCAAGGUACCAUACCACAAAGGGAAGGCUGGGAUUGAGUUUGGGGUGAUGAAUCAUAAGGGGGUUCAAAAAAUUGGGGGGGGGGGGGGGGGGGUUUCC